CUCUCUCUCUCUCUCUCUCUCUCUCUCUCUCUCUUUCUUCCCUCAGUCUUACCGAAAAGGAAAACAAAACAAACGAACCAAAUCAAGUUUUGUGCAAAAUGGCGAAAUGAGACGCUUUUUGGUAGAUAGAUUCGUCAGACAGAGGAGCUGGUAAGUUUUGGGAUUCUUGAAAGAUCAAAGAAGAUGCUUCGAUUUAUCCUCCCAUGUCUUCUCAUCAUUUUCUCUUUUGGUCUUCCCUCUUCUUCAGCUCGUCCAGCUCCAUAUGCUUUGCGGAUUAGUUGUGGAGCUCGAAGAAAUGUUCGAACCCCGCCUACUUAUGCUCUUUGGUUCAAGGAUAUUGCAUACACUGGAGGCAUACCUGCCAAUGCUACAUCACCUAGUUAUAUUACUCCUCCUCUGAAGACACUUCGGUAUUUCCCAAUCUCCGAGGGUCCAAACAAUUGCUACAACAUUGUCCGAGUGCCAAAGGGACACUACUCUGUGAGGAUCUUCUUUGGAGUAGUGGAUCAGCCUAACUUUGACAAAGAGCCUCUCUUUGACAUAUCUAUUGAAGGGACUCAGAUAUCCUCUCUGAAAUCGGGUUGGAGUAGUCAAGAUGAUCAAGUUUUCGCUGAAGCUCUCAUGUUUCUUUUGGGUGGGACAGCUACUAUAUGUUUCCAUAGUACAGGUCAUGGUGAUCCUGCUAUCCUUAGUAUUGAAAUUCUCCAGGUUGAUGAUAAAGCUUACAACUUUGGUGAAGGUUGGGGCCAAGGAGUUAUACUUAGAACUGCCACCAGGUUGACUUGUGGUACUGGGAAGCCGAGGUUUGAUGAAGAUUACAGUGGGGAUCAUUGGGGUGGUGAUAGGUUUUGGAAUCCUAGGAGAUCUUUUGGUAAAGGAGCUGAUUCCCCAAGAUCAACUGAGAAUACCAUUAAGAAGGCCUCAGUUUCCCCAAACUUUUAUCCAGAAGCACUAUAUCAGUCAGCUUUAGUGAGUACGGAAGACCAACCCGAUUUAACAUAUAGCCUGGAUGUGGAACCCAACAGAAAGUACUCAGUGUGGUUGCACUUUGCAGAGAUUGAUGCUACAAUCACUGCUGAAGGAAAAAGGGUGUUUGAUGUUGUAAUAAAUGGUGAUACUUUAUUUGAAGAUGUGGAUAUCAUAAAGAGGAGUGGUGACCGAUAUGCAGCACUUGUUCUCAAUGCAACAGUGACUGUGAGUGGAAGAACUUUAACAGUCGUUCUACAACCCAAGGCAGGUGGUCUUGCUAUUAUCAAUGCAAUUGAGGUCUUUGAAGUCAUAACCGCUGAGUUUAAGACAUUAAGAGAUGAAGUCGGUGCAUUACAGAAAAUGAAAAAAGCUUUAGGACUUCCAUCAAGGUUUGGAUGGAACGGUGACCCAUGUGUUCCCCCACAACAUCCUUGGAGUGGAGCUAAUUGUCAGCUGGACAAGAACACCAGCCGAUGGUUCAUUGAUGGACUUGAUCUUGAUAACCAAGGUCUGAAAGGUUUUCUACCAAACGACAUAUCGAAACUAAAACAUCUUCAGAGCAUAAACUUGAGUGAAAACAGCAUUCGUGGAGGAAUACCUGCAUCACUUGGAAGUGUCACGAGCUUGGAAGUUUUGGACCUCUCCUACAAUUCCUUCAAUGGAUCUAUCCCUGAAACCUUGGGAGAAUUAACAUCCCUGCGGAUUCUGAAUCUCAAUGGAAACUCUUUGUCAGGAAAAGUACCAGCGGCUGUAGGUGGGAGGCUGUUGCAUAGAGCAAGCUUCAACUUCACAGAUAAUGCAGGUCUUUGUGGAAUCCCCGGGCUUCCAGCUUGUGGACCUCACCUUUCUUCUGGAGCCAAGAUUGGGAUUGCAUUUGGUGUUAGUCUAGCAUUCUUAUUGAUCGUUGCAUGUGCAAUGAUAUGGUGGAAAAGGCGACAGAACAUUCUUCGGGCACAGCAGAUUGCAGCAAGAGGAGCUCCGUAUGCAAAAAAGAGAACACAUGUAUCUCAUGACAUCCAAAUGUCACGGCAAGGGCACAAUAAUCACGGCCAAGCUCGUACUGCUGUGGAAAAUGGACCAAGCUUGUUGUCGUGAUUUACUUCUCUGGAAGUUCAAUCUUCUCCUGGUUAGCAACACGAAUCCCAAACCCCCACAAGGUCAAAAUGUUCAUAUCAUGUCUACCACAUUGCUCCCAACAUGAAGAAGACCAAAGAGGAAAUACAUUUGUAAAUGGUCUUGAGUGCUUUUAAUUAUCGCAGGAAGUGAAACCGGUUCUCUUAGAGAUAUAGGAUUCGAUUUUUCGUGUUAUAAUUUGUAUGGGAUUAGUCCUUUGUUUCUUUUGUCUGGUGGGAGUUUAGAGGAUACUUAGAACAUAAAAGUUAUGGUUUAAUAUAUCAUUUACACAUGUUAGGUGAAAACAACGGAAACAUCAGUUUUUGUUAAA